AUGUCUAACUUCAAUAGCGUCUUGAAUUAUAACAUCACAUCUCCAACAUAUAUAAUUUCAAAUUUAUUAUUAGAAUUUAUAUUGAAACAAGGUGCUACAAAUAUUGUUGUUGAAGUGGAUAUCCAAACAUCUGGUUAUAAUUAUCUUAAAAUUGUAACUAAUGGCAACAGCUAUGAUAAGAAGCUAAGAUAUACCUUGUUUCAAACUAAAAAAUUUUAUCAAAAAGUGGCAGCUAUUAGUAAAAACCUAGAGAUUUGUGUUAAAACACCUGAUGAAGUGAUUGGUGAAAAAUGGAAAAUAGACAAAGAAGGGUUUAUGAUUGAAAACUCUUUAAAAAGGAUAACUUCAAAUACAGGUGUCAGUAUAUUAAUAGAACAAGAUCACGACGAUAAGGGCGAAUUUACCACUGCUUCCACGAUUAGAAAUAUUAAAAAGACCAAAAAAAUAAUUAACCUUAACCUACUUUUGAUGAUUGCAAAAUUUUCCUUAUGUUACAAUAAAAAAGUCCGGCUACAAUUAUAUUCAAUCAUGCUAACAAACAAAAGAAAUAUAACUACACAAUCAAAAUUCUUACAAUUUAGUAUUCCCAGUAAUUUGGAAAGAAAGCGAUGUUUCCAAAAUAUUUUAUGGAAUUUAUCCAGAAAUAACAGUAUCCGUUUAAGAUGGAAGAAUGAGCUAUCCUCUCAACUAAAAGUUUUAAAAAUUAACGGGUUGUUAAUAAUCGAGACACAUUUUAACGAAUUAUAUAAACUAAUUGAUCAAAUUGUAAAUCAAAUAUAUAAAAAUUUAAAAUUGACUCUACCCCAAUGCUGGUUUAUUGAAAUUAAUCUUAAUGAUGCAGGUCUGCUUAAUCAUUAUGAAAAGUACAAAGAACUUAUGACACAGCAGGAGGCAAUUGCUAAUAUUUUGUUUGACGGAAUCAUCAAUUAUUAUGCGGCAAAUGUUGAAAUGUGCCAAGAUAGUGAUGGAAAAAUGUUUUUAAUACUUGAAAAUAUUACUAUUGCGGAAAACCAUCACAUUAAAAAAAGAAGAUUAUGUAUUAAUGAUAAAAAUAUCAUGCGAAAGCAAUUAUUAGAGAAAAGUGGAAAAAAGGCUGCAUUGGAUUUGAACUUAGUACCAGAGCCCAUUGCUUCAUUAGACACACCCUGUAUGGAUUUCGACCCAAAAAACUUUAGUUAUAAAUUGCACUAUGCUAGUGAAUUGAAUUGGAUAUUUCGUAAAGGUAUACCUUCAAUUAGCAUUGCUGGCUUCAUCCAAAAUAAAAUUGAAUCUUUGUAUAAAAAUGAAUAUUUCGAUGAGGAUGAGUUAAAAUUUCAAAUUUGCGAAGAAGGCUGGAAUAUUGCCUAUAUAUAA